GAGGAGUGAGGACAGGACAGGAAGUGGCAGUCGUGUAGCUUAGCGCGGAUGCUAACGUUAAAGUGUAACAUUUAGCCACACCUCGCGGGUCCAUCUCCCACGAACAAGAAUGGACAUAAGUUAACUAUGACUGGAGAGAAAAAGAAGAAAAAGCGGCUGAACCGCAGCAUUCUUCUGGCUAAGAAAAUCAUCAUAAAAGAUGGAGGCACUCCACAGGGGAUUGGCGACCCCAGUGUUUACCAUGCAGUGGUGGUUAUCUUCCUGGAGUUCUUCGCCUGGGGACUGCUCACCACCCCGAUGCUUACGGUUUUACGUCAGACAUUCCCCAAGCACACAUUCCUGAUGAACGGCCUCAUUCAUGGAGUCAAGGGUCUGCUGUCUUUCCUGAGCGCUCCGUUAAUCGGUGCUCUGUCAGAUGUGUGGGGCCGGAAGUCUUUUCUGCUGCUCACGGUGUUCUUCACAUGCGCUCCCAUCCCUCUUAUGAAGAUCAGCCCUUGGUGGUAUUUUGCAGUGAUCUCCAUGUCUGGUGUCUUUGCGGUCACCUUUUCAGUGAUUUUUGCAUAUGUGGCUGACAUCACCCAGGAGCAUGAGAGGAGCACAGCGUACGGCCUGGUGUCGGCCACUUUCGCAGCCAGCCUGGUGACGAGCCCUGCGAUUGGUGCGUACUUGUCUGUGGCUUAUGGAGAUACUCUGGUGGUUAUUCUCGCCACGGCUAUAGCACUGCUGGACAUCUGUUUCAUCCUGGUGGCCGUUCCCGAGUCCUUGCCUGAGAAGAUGAGACCAGCGUCCUGGGGUGCACCCAUAUCCUGGGAGCAGGCCGACCCGUUCGCUUCUUUGAGGAAGGUGGGUCAGGACUCUACUGUCCUCCUGAUCUGUAUAACAGUCUUCCUGUCCUACCUCCCUGAGGCCGGUCAAUAUUCCAGCUUCUUCCUGUAUCUCAGACAGAUCAUUGGCUUCACACCAGAAACGGUUGCUGCCUUUAUUGCAGUGGUGGGAAUUCUUUCCAUCUUGGCUCAGACGGUUGUCCUGGGAAUCCUGAUGCGCUCCAUAGGGAAUAAGAACACUAUCUUGUUAGGCCUCGGCUUUCAGAUCCUGCAGUUGGCGUGGUACGGCUUUGGCUCUCAGCCUUGGAUGAUGUGGGCUGCUGGAGCAGUAGCUGCCAUGUCCAGCAUCACCUUCCCAGCCAUCAGUGCCAUAGUGUCCCGCAACGCAGACCCCGACCAACAGGGUGUGGUUCAGGGCAUGAUCACAGGAAUCAGAGGCUUGUGUAAUGGUCUUGGUCCAGCACUCUAUGGCUUUGUCUUCUACCUGUUUCAUGUGGAGCUCAACGAAAUGGACCCAGCAGAGAACGCGGAAAAGGGUGCCAAACCCAACAUGGCCAACCCCACAGAUGAGAGUGCAAUCAUCCCUGGUCCUCCCUUCCUGUUCGGAGCAUGCUCAGUGCUGCUGUCCCUGCUGGUUGCCCUCUUCAUUCCCGAGCACAACGGACCCAACCUGCGUAGCGGCAGCUACAAAAAGCACAACAACGGCGCGCAGAGCCACUCGCACUGCUCACAGGGCGGACCCUGCGAUGGCAAAGAGCCUCUCCUGGAGGACAGCAGCGUAUAACCCUACCGACGAGGGGGGCGGGGACACACCCCAAACCCCCUCACACUCACCAACCCACGUCCCCAGGCGCAGACGAGCAGUGCACCUUUUCCAAAGUCUUAAGGAAGAUGAAAGCAGCGCCCCUCUUGGUCCCCCGCAGCUUGACGAACGCCUGUCAAGGUUCUGCUGCGGGCACUUGAGGAACCGGUGCACAUUAUACGUGCGCAAAUGGCCAACAGGGAACUGCCCCUUGGCCUCGUGGGACAGGAAGUGAGGCUACGGACAUUUUGCCUCGCACACGUGAGGAAAAUGCCGACAAGGACUUUGUGUGAAGGUUUUCCUGGUUUUUAUUGAUAGAUUGUUAUUGUUGCGCUUCUCUCUUUCAGAAUUCCAACGUAAAUGACACAAAUGUUCCUCAUCCAAAGAAACCUGGUAACUGUAGGGAGGUAUCUGUCGUGAGAUGUCAGGGGCUUACUUUUGAUGUGCUGCUUUUUACUGGUUUUUGUGGGUUUUGUAUUUAACAGGAGUGAAAAAGAGAUAGAGAGAGAGAGAAAGAGAGAGAGCUUGGAUGUUGUGCAGAUGUGGAGGGCCUCAAACGGAGUCAUCACUUCACUGAAUCAUUGCAACCUCAACAAGCAGUUUCUCUUCUUUUACAUCUCACGAAUUAGCUCAUGCUUUCUCUCCUACGUUUGGUUUGUGUCAAACGUAGAUGGAGAAAAAGUUGCCUUUAGUGACUUUUUAUUGCUAUAUCCCACAUGAAGGCUACGCUCUGAGAAGGGUCAGUAAUCGCGUAGCUCCCGUGUGAGCCUGCACAUAUAUGAUGUUCUUGUUUGUCGUCCGCCUCACUUCCAGAGCUCCCUGUGAAAGUCACCACUGCCACGUUACAACAGGCUAGCAGGGCUCUCGCUCAUCAUACAUGGUUUUUAUAUUACUGCGAGCACUGAUGCGUGUGGAAUAGCUGAAAUGUGAUUGGACGAGUGUCACUAGAUCCAGUGAUGUAAUAUCUCACAUGCUGCUAUCGUAGGAUGUACAAGGUUCUGUGGUAUAAUACUAGACUCUAAAUGUGAUGUUUCAAUUAGAACGGCGCUUUUUCCGUGUACGUUAUGACCCCCAUAUUUCGCUUUUUGCUUGUGGUGCGUUUUCAUUCUAGUACGAGAGAUAUUUUUAUCAGAUCUCAACAGGAGUGUUUGAUUUUCCUCCAGCAAACCUUAAGUGCAUUCAGACUGCAUUCUUUGAGUUUUUUAAUCAAGAUCUGGGUUGUUUGUUUUAGGUGCCAUACCUCUUACUUUAUUUCUGUUUGUGUGCGUUUUAGUUCUUUGUGUAUUUUAUUUUUUUCUGGGAUUUGUAUGCUUUUUUAAAGACAAAUCGGGUUUCUUUGUCAUUGUAAUAUGUUUAACUUACAUUUUGGACCAUUUCUGUUGAAGUUUCAUCACUCUCUACUGAUCUGUAUGACCAAACUUGAAUUCAAUUCUUUGUAAUAUAUCCUAGUAUGGAGCAGAUGAUGCUUCUCCUGCAUAAUGACUUUCACUAGCCACUAAUUUGCAAUGAAAUCUGGUGUUUGCCUCAGAAAAAGCCAAUUAAUUUGUGCCUAAAAUGUGCUCAAAGUGUAUAUGUGAACGGGGGCUGUAAAUAUUAGGAACUAAUGAGAAACUAUUUAUUAAAAGUUUAUUGAUAUUGAA